AAGGGCCUUUAAGCGGCUUUCACCGUGACGGUUACACCUAAAACCUGUGCAACCAUUGGAUAGAGGCCGUUCUGUUGACAGAUGGUGCUAAAUAUUUCCAUAUGUGUGGAAAAAAUCACUUAACUGUUUUCAGAGGAGCCCUUGCACAAUAGGUUUCAUUGUCAUCCGUUAAACACUUCUGAAAAGCUACGCAGGAGUUUCAGGGAUUUUUCGACUGACCGAAAGGACAGCUGUCUGUUGAGCUCUGCAGACAACAGACGAACCGAUUUGAAGGAAUCUUUGAUUUACGCCCGGGCAGAAUGCGAGGACUACAUGCUGUUUUACUCUUUUUCAUCUUUUUCUGCUGCAUCCGGGCUAAGAAGAUGCGGUGGUGCACAGUGUCAGAUCCCGAACAGAAGAAGUGUGCAGAACUAGCCAAGGCUCUGGUGGCGGCGCUGCCGCCAGCCGCAGUGGCUGCGUUCGCCCGACUCUCGUGCAUACGAGCGUCCAGCACCACCGACUGCAUCGACAGGAUCAGGGCAAACCGUGCCGAUAUGGUGACGUUAGACGCAGGAGAAGUUUAUUCGGCUGUGAAGCAGUUUGGCCUUGUCACCAUCGCCAAAGAGAUUUACAGCGACGGAGGCUGCAUCCUGUCUGUGGCUGUGGUGAGAAACAGCAGUUUGGACAUACGCUCCCUGAGGGGCCUGAGGAGCUGUCACAGUGGGGUCCGGUGGACGGCUGGAUGGAGUCUUCCCCUCGGCUUCCUGCUGUCCCGCAACUACCUGAGCUGGUCGAAGGAGCAGCCGCUCAGUCAGGAUGUCAGUUCCUUUUUCAGUGCCAGCUGUGUUCCCGGAGCUGCUGCCGUCGCACCGGCCCUGUGCUCCCUGUGUCAGGGCCAGAAGUCUUACAUUCGGCAGAAGAAUUACCACUGCGAGACGUCCCACAGUGAGCCCUUCUACAACAGCCAAGGGGCCCUCAGAUGUCUCAGGAGCGGGGCGGGAGAUGUUGCCUUCGUGGACCAUUUAGCUCUUGAAAGUAUUGAAGGCAGUGAUGGAGAUGAGUUCAGGCUGCUAUGCACAGAUGGCACACAGGCUCCCCUCAGUCAAUACAGAAACUGUAAUCUGGGACGGGGUCCCGGAGGCGGCACGGUCACCAGAUUUAACUUUCGCAAGAUUGCCCGCAAAUUUCUGGUAACGGUACAGAUGUUGUUUGGCCAACAAGGGAGAGAGAGACGGCGCUUCCAACUCUUCAACUCCUCUUCUUUUGGAGAAAACGACCUUCUCUUUAGAGAUGUGACGGAUAAACUCGCCGUCGUGCCGGACGACAUGGAUGUCAGUCAGGUGCUUGGGCUGGAUUAUGUGGCACUCCUCAAAGGUCUUGGACAUGAAGGGAGCUCGCUGGAGGACAGUGUUGUACGGUGGUGCUGUAUCAGCCAUGCAGAGCAGAAGAAAUGUGAGCAGUGGGCCCUCAGUAUUAAGUCAGACCCGCUGGUGUGCGUGAGCGCCGCCUCUAUGCGUGACUGUAUCGAGAAAAUUAAGAGGGACGAGGUGGACGCCGUCUCGCUGGAUGCAACUCACUCUUUCAUCGCGGGAAAAUGUGGUCUUGUCCCAGUAGUAACAGAAUAUUACGGAGGGAAAUGUGUCCCUGCUGAGGGAUCAACUCCCCGAGAGACAGGCGCGUUGCCCUCGGUGGUGGGCGUUGCGGUGGCAAAGCGCUCCAAUAGAAACGUAUUCAUGGGGAACCUUGGAGGCCGCCGCUGCUGUCUGGGCCACAUGUACAGCCCCGCAGGCUGGCUGCUGCCCUACAGACACACACUAAGCCCGGAGCACAACAGCAGCACCCCCUGUGAUCCAAACCAAGUGUACAACGACGUGUUUUGGAAAGGCUGCCUCCCUGGCUCUCUGGGGAAUCUGUGUAAAGUGUGUCUGGGAGGCACCGGGGAGGCUGCCACCAAACGCUGCGCUGACAACCACAAUGAGCGUUACUACGGCAACAUGGGGGCAUUAAGGUGUCUGGUUGGAGAUCCCAGUGGUAAAAGCUAUGGCGACGUGGCGUUCCUCGAGCAACACAACCUCCUUGCAAACAUCCUGAGUUUGAGUUCCACUGGUUGGGCAGACGGGUGGACGGCAUCGGACUACGAGCUGCUUUGUGCCGAUGGUCGUCGGGCUCCGCUGUCGGAGUGGGAAAGCUGUAACCUCGGGGUGAUCCCACCAAACACCGUCAUGACACGACCGGUGCUCACGGCACGAGUGUACGACUUCCUCAUGAAGUCACAGCCAACCCAAACACCGAGUUCAAGCUCUUUGAGUCUCAUCAAUAUGGAGAAAGUGAUCUGCUGUUCAAAGAUGCCACUCAGUGUUUUGUACACACGAGCCACAUGGACUACCGCUCCAUCCUCGGAGAGGAGUUUUACAGUCAAGCAGAAACGGCCUUCAACUGCACACACUCUGAUAUCUUGGAGUUUUGUAAUCAGGACGUGUGCAGCAUGUUUUAAUGGACAGUUGCUUUUGAAUUUGCUACUUCAGUGGUUCAACCCUUUGUCCACGAUCUUCUCCGAUGUCUGCAAACCGUCAACUGCAUUCUUCAGCCUUUAUUCCUAUUAAUACAGAUGUCAACGGAUGGAGAAAAUCAACUUUCAGAUGCCAUGUAACUUGUUGUGAGGUGUGAUGGCAAAAAUAUGGGUGUAAAAUAGAUGUGUGUGGAAUAUGUAACCAUGUGGUCACAUUUUUUACAUCCACCAAUUGCAUUGCAUUUGUUAAUACAUAUAAACAAAAGUGUGAGAUUGGGAACACAAGAUGUAUGGUGAUGCCAAAUAAAUGUUUAUAAAUGUGCA